AGAGAUAUGCUGUCUAGAUAUUUGACAGAACCGCUAGUCCCAAGACAUUGAAGUCCGUCAAAUCACUUCCUCCUCAGUUCAACAGCUUACAGGACAAUUUUUUUUCUAUGAAGCCUGACUCGAGAGACUUGGGGCCAUUGGAUGUCCUCUACUUAGAUCCUGCUCGGAGGAUAUCGCGAGCGAUACGAAUAUAAUGUUCCUAUAAGAAGCUAAGCCUAUUUUUAGCACUGCCCUAAGGUCCCAAGAGCCUUCACAGCCUUGGCUUCGAGCUAUCUAGUCCCAUUCAGUCAUCGGCGUCGGUUGAAUAUCAAGGCGGACAGGCAUCUGUUUCACCAUGAAAGGAGAACGUACACUAGAAUGGAGUUUGGCUGCUGCGGCGAAGCAAGAACACACGACAUUUUCCAUUGCUUCAGAUCUGGUUAUCUGGCAUUGGCCCCUAUCCGACGACCUCUCAGAUUUCAUUCUUGGAUAUAGGUACUGUCUUUCUACAGCUUGUUAUUUAUUUAUUGAGCUAGAGCGCAUAUACUCUGCUAAUUGGCGGGAUGGUGAGGCUUCGCUGGCUCGCCUCGGCGAUCUUUUUGACAGCAGCUAUCGCUGCUGACAUAUCCUCUCGACAGACUGUAUAUGAGUUCGUCAAUCCUCCCGCGCCAGGAAAAGCGAAGGACUUCUUGGGAAACCCGAUCUUUGUCCUUGGGCAGACCGAAAGAUUGGAACUCACAACGCCCUUUCACGACUUCUUCAUCACCAUCUUCCAAGAGAGUCUCACAACCGACGGCGCAAACUUCGGACCAACAAUCUUUAGUGUGCCUGAUGGGGAGGUGAAACGAUUCGAUUGGGAAGUCCAGCUAUACGACUUUGAUCUCGCCGAAUCAAACGUCUUCUACUUAUUGUUGACAUCAAAUGUGGACGAUCAACCGUCGAUCUCCUGUCACUACUUCAAUAUCACCGAUCCAAACCCCAAGGAAGUGCCGACUUCAACUUCAACGUCAUCCUCCACUGUCAAAACUACAUCAUCUGCAUUACAGGCGACCGAUUCACCAACGAGUUCUUCAACCUCGUCAUCAGAUGCUUCACCACCAGCUGGGCUCAGCACGGGCGCUUAUAUCGGCAUUGGAAUAGGUGUGGCGUUGGCCGGGCUUGCUGGUGUCUUCAUCGCAUGGGUCGUGUAUCGACGGCUUCGAAGCCAGCGUGGCCCCCAAGGGCAAGGCCAGAAUGAGAUACCUCGAGAGUACUACAAGUUCUCCGACCUACAGCACCAGGAUCAAUAUAGGACACAUUCGCCGGCGUCUGAAAUCUACACAAAUCCUCCAAGGGCAGAGUUAUAUUCAGACCAUACAGGUAGAUCUGCUGCGGAGCUUCCCGGGCACCCCUAA